CGGGGAUGGAGGGAGCCGGAGAAGAGGAGUGAGGAGGCCUGGAGGCUGGCCUGUUGCCCUCCUGGAGGCCGGCAGCCUGCUGGCAGUGGAGGAGCAGGCCGCCCAGCAAGGGGGAAGGGGUCAGGAGGUCGAGCCCGGGCCCUAGCAGGCCCAGACAAGGCCAGGAAGGGGGCAGCAGGCGCUGGCAGUGCAGGGCUCAGGCGUGGCUCGGCGGGCCCUAGAGGGGGGCCUAGGCCAGGCCUCUGGAGGGAAACUGAGUCAGGGCCAGGCCAGAGGGCGCGGCCUAGACGCCUCGGAGCCAAGUUAGGAGGAGGGGGCGAAGACCCUCGGGGGUCUCAGAGACUAAGGGGAGUAGGGGGCUUCAGGGUUUCCCCUUCAGAGCCGGAUUGGCGAGUUCAACGCUUGUAGAUCCAGAGUUGGAUUGGGGUGGGGGUUCUGGGACGCUGGCUCGCUAGGCAAGGAUUGGGGGGAUGUAAGUGCUUAGAGAUCGAAGUCAGGUCUUGGGUAGGGGGACUUAGACAAUUGGAAAGCCUAGGUGGUUAUUUGGGGAGGGGUCUUCGCGCCUGGGCGCAGCCUCGGCCCAGGCAGAGCGGCCGUUUGGCUUGAGGCGUGCGGCCUGGUCAGGAGAGGCUGUGGGGAAGGGUGGGCCGUGCAGGCCAGGCCCCGAGAAAGUGAAUCCGUCCAGCUUCCAAGUGGGUGGGGGGCCCCUGCCAGGGGGGUCCCCAAGGGGGUGCGAUGGCCACCAGGCGUUUAACCGACGCUUUCUUGUUGUUGCGGAAUAAUUCCAUCCAAACCCGGCAGCUGUUAGCCGAGCAAGUGAGUAGUCACACCGCCUGCAGCCCUCUGCAUUCACGUAGCGCCGCUGCGCUUGCCGAUGACCGCAUGGCACUGGUGUCAGGCCUUAGCUUAGACCCAGAAGCAGCCGUUGGCGUGACAAAACGGCUGCCCCCCAAGUGGGUGGAUGGAGUGGACGAAAUACAGUACGAUGUCAGCCGGAUUAAACAGAAGAUGAAAGAAUUAGCCAGCCUUCACGACAAGCACUUAAACAGACCCACCCUGGAUGACAGCAGCGAGGAUGAGCACGCCAUUGAAAUAACGGCCCAGGAGAUCACGCAGCUCUUCCACAGAUGCCAGCGGGCCGUGCAGGCCCUGCCGAGCCGGGCACGCCGGGGCUGCUCGGAGCAGGAGGGGCAGCUGCUUCGCAACGUGGUAGCCUCCCUAGCACAGGCUCUGCAGGAGCUGUCCACCAGCUUCCGGCACGCACAGUCGGGCUACCUCAAACGCAUGAAGAAUCGAGAGGAAAGAGCCCAGCAUUUUUUUGAUACGUCAGUACCUCUGAUGGAUGAUGGAGACGAUAAUACUCUUUAUGAUCGGGUUUUCACAGACGACCAGCUGGUGCUGGUGGAGCAGAACACGCUGAUGGUGGAGGAGCGGGAGCGGGAGAUCCGCCAGAUAGUCCAGUCCAUCUCGGACCUCAACGAGAUUUUUAGGGACUUAGGGGCGAUGAUCGUAGAACAGGGUACUGUCCUUGAUAGAAUCGACUAUAACGUUGAACAGUCCUGUAUCAAAACCGAAGAUGGCUUGAAACAGCUUCACAAGGCAGAGCAGUAUCAAAAGAAGAACCGCAAGAUGCUUGUCAUCCUGAUAUUAUUUGUCAUCAUCAUUGUCCUCACCGUGAUCCUUGUCGGCGUGAAGUCUCGGUAGGCGGCGUGCUCGUGGGUACCGCAUGUGUGGAUCGAUUGCCUGGUGUGAGCUGCCCGACCCGGGCCCGUGGCCACUGGUGGAGGCGUAGCAAGCCUGUCCGGGCAGGGAGCGUGUCUGUGGACUCUGUCACACGUGGGCUCAAGUGAGGGCAGCAGGCUUUCCUUUUUCCUUUGAUAACUGCUGUAAGGACGUUUGAUACUGCUGCAGGAUAGAGAUUGCAUUCUGUGACCAGUUAUGUGCAUUUUUUUUUUUUUUUUUUAAAGAGAAAAUGAAUUGAGAGUUUACAGGCCUGUGCAGAAGUUGGUAAAUGUUGUAUGUGUAUAGGCUAUUUUGUUAGCAGCUGUUGUCUGAGCAGCAUGGGAAAAUCAUUUUUGAAAAAUAAUUUUUUCUUAAACCAUCUGAUUUUUAAGAAAUUUGGUACCAAAAAAUUAUGAGUAGAGGCAAAAAUGCCUCUUUAUUUUUCUGUCUGUAUUUUCCAGUUGAAAACAAGCUGAGAAGUCCUUUAAGAAUUUAUAAUCCGUUCCCCAUUAACUUAAUUCAGCUUUUCCAUCACUGUUAAUGAUCAGAGUAACAAAGUGUGAAAAGCAAGAAGCCACCGUUGAUGUUAAUGAACACAUUUAGACGGGCCAGUUAAAACAGCUUUGUAAGUUUACAUUAAUUUUCAAUGGUGUGUUCCUCCUUUCAAAUUUUUACACUGCAUUUUUCUACUGUAAACCAAAGGGGGUUACUAAGGAAAACCACCCAAAUUUAAAAGUUGGUGAUUUGAGCUAAGCCUCACAUUAAGAGGGAGCUUGACAGUGUCAUAAAAGUCAGCAGACCCGGCCACUGUGUCCUGUGGCUGUCCCCUAGUGGUCCUCACACGAUCAAUUAUUUAUACACUAACUACAUAACGACCUGUUCAAACCGGACCCCAUUUAAUGAACUGUGAAUUUACACAGAGGCCGUUUUAAAUGGGCCACCCCAUUUAGGAUUAGUGGAUCUCAAAUUAUUAACCAAACAUUACUCCAUUUCAAAGUAAAAUAUUCCACCAGCACUUUGAUUUAUUGCCUCUUCCACGGCCUCUUAGCAGUGCCCAGAAAAUAGGCAUGCUUCCCAGGGCGUGAGGGUCUCGACUUGAAAAUCCCUCGUUCACGUGAGCUUGGGUCCGAUCAUCAAUACUUACUAUUCUCGAUACGGUGCUCUCAUAUGUUCCUGGAGCUGUAGGAUAGCACGGAGAGUGAUGAUAAUGUUGGGAGCUGAAAUUGUUCCUGUUUUAACUGGUCCUGAGGCUGGUGGUCGGAACCCACUACCUGCUCCAUGGGAGAAAGCUGGGGCAGUUCUGUUCUGUGCUGUAGGGUUGCUAUGAGUUAGAGUCGACUGGAGGGCAGUGGGUUCGGUUUUUUUAAGACAACGGUAUGGUUUUAAGGUCUUGGUGUAAUUUUUGAUGGCUUUCCAUUGUUUUUGCCUCUCUUAAAGAAGAGCAUGCCCUCAUUAAAUGUGUUAGGUUUCAUCUGGACCUGUCAGCGUAAGAUGUGCUCUAGAAUUGACUUUGAAGUUGUUUCCAGAAAUUUAAACUCAAGUCCAGAGUGUGGUAGUAUUCAAGUUGUCCAAACAGAUCAUGGGCUAAGCCUCCAGGCCCUGCCCCAGCCCCCU